AUGGAGAACGAUCCAGACGAAGAUUUAUAUCAUGAAGAUUCUCGAAAUCAGAAUGAGAUCGUUGAGUUACUUUUAGCCGCUUUUAAUAAUGACGGUGACGUUGAUAAUUCUGUAGAAGAAUACGAGGAAGAAGAUCGAGAGGAUACCUCAAGUCAAUCAAGUCAUCAUAGUUUUACAAACGAGAGUCAUUUUCAUAACGGUGAUAUCCAACAACAUCAUAAUGAACAACAUCGCAAUGUUCGCAAGCAACCUUUAUUUUCCACACCAGCCGGUGUUUCUCCUCCUACAAUGAUUGCCCCAACGACGGAUGUUCGAAGAGUUGAUGUAAAUAAUGAUGACCAUUAUACGAUGUACACGUAUCCAAACCAUCAUCGAAAAGAAGAACAAUUUUUUGAUGAAAAUAUGUUUAAUACGAAUACGAAUGAAGUUGUAAACUUCAAUUCUAACUUGAAUAGUAACAACAAUAAUAAUCACACAAAUGAAAAUAUUAAAGUUUCUUAUAAUGGUUCACAAAUGAACCAUAACAACAGCAAUGGUAUACAAUAUUUUGAUAAAACACCUGCAAUUGAUAUUGAUCCAUUACAAGCAAAGUUUUUGUAUGCUAAUCAAGAUAUUCAACAGAUAAAUAAAUUACAAAUAUUGUGUACAGUCAAAGAUCGUAAAAUAAAUGAAUUAGAAAAUCGUUGCGAAGCCUAUUUUGAAAACUAUAACAGUAAUUUACGAGCAUUAAAACACAAAAUUGAAUUAGCUGAAACUGCCAAGCACGAUUAUGAACGACGAUAUGAAUUAACAAAUGAAAAAUGUAAUAAAUUAAUGCACGAAAAUAUAGAACUACAAUCAAAUUUAACAUUAUUGAACGGACAUAUACAAAAACUUGAUGAAUCAAAAUCAGAGCUCGAAAAGAAACUAGAUGAAUCUGAAUCGUUGAUUGAUUCGUUACAUCGUAAAAUAAAUGAUUUACAAAGAUUUGAAGCAAUAUCACGUACUCAACAAGAUUGUGAAUUAGUUUUAACGAGUAUGAAAGAAAAACAUGAACAUGAAAUUAUAACAUUAAAAGAAAAAUUAGAAGUGACACAAACAAAUUUACAGGAAAAAAAUAUUGAACUUGAUGAUUUACGUGCUCAAUUAGAUGUUGCUUGUAAAAAUAAUGAACGUGCAAUUUUCGAGAGAAUGGAAACAAUCAAUAGACUCAAUCAACAAUUACAUGAAUGUCAACGACAAUAUAGUGAUUUAUUAACACAUAAUCCAAUGGAAAAUCAAACAGAAAUGGCUCGAAAACUGAAACAAGUUACGAAUGAAAAAGAGAUAAUGGAGGAAAUGUGUCAGACAUUACAGACUCAAAUUCGAACACUACAAGAAAGACUUGGAGUGGUUGAAAAUGAUGUGAAUGUUCAACUUUUUGGUAUUACAAACAUAUCAGUCGCUGAAAAAUCCGAUUUAUCUCGCCAAAGUGUUUCAAAUGAUUCUCAUGUAACAACCUCAUUUUACGAUAUUGAAAAUAGAAGCAAUAGUAGUGUUAAGAAACAAAAAUCUUUCGAUGAAACAACAUUGGUUACUGAAAAUCAAAUUCUAAAACAGCGUAUCGAUGAAUAUGCCUCAAAUGAACAACAUCUUAUUGAAAUAAACGAGGAAUUACAAAAACAUCUACAAAACUAUGAGAAUCGUGAUGAUGAAACAGACAAAAACAAUAAGGAAAAUAAUGAACAAAAAGAAACAAUUAAACAGUUAACAAAUGAAAUUGAAAGAUUAAAAAAAGUUAUUGUACAACUACAAGAGAAGGCCGAUAAUGAGAUAUAUGAAUUAAAAACACUUGUUGAUCAAUUAAAUAAAGUUAAUGAUCAGUUACGUGCGGAUAAUAAAGAAUUAGAUUAUACAAAAGAACUUUAUAUUAAUGUAUGUCAAGAAAAAAAUUCUAUUGAAGAUAAACUUCGUUUAAAAUAUGAAAAAGAGAUUAAAAUAAAAUUGGAUGAAUUACGAAAACAUUUAACAAAUAAUGAUGAAUUUGAACGAUAUAAAUUAGAUUUUGAGAAAAUAAAACACGAAAAUAUUGAAUUAAUUAAUGAUAGACAAAUUUAUUUGAAUAAAAACAUACAAUUUCAAGAAAUUAUUAAUGAAAAAUCAAAAUUAAAUGAAUUAUUACAUAAUGAAAAAGAUACAUUAGAAAAACAAUUACAAAUGAGAAAUGAUCUUCAACAACGACUAGAAAAUGAUAAACAACAACAUUUUAAAGAAAAAUUAGCCCAUGAAAAAUUAGUUAAUGAACUAAGAUUAGAAAUUGAUCAAUUGAGAAUAAAUGAUGAAACAAAACAAAAAUUACAUUAUAUUGAAAAAGAAUUUGAACAAUUAAAAACUGAUUAUUAUGAUUUGAAUUUAAAACAAAAAGAAUUACUAAAUAAUAUGAGUACAUUGGAGAAUGAAAAUCAAAAUUUAAUUAAAACAAUUAAUUUAAUUGAACAAGAAAAAGUAGAUAUUAAACAGACAUGGAAAAAUGAUGAAAUAAAACUUUAUAAUGAAAUAAAACAAUUACAUGAUGAAAUUGAUAUUUUAAAAAAAGAUUUAAUUCAAAAACAAAAUUUAAUUGAUAAUCUUAAACAACAACAAAUAAAUAAUGAAGAAAAUCAACAAUUUAAACAAGAAUAUGAAUCGUUAAAAACAAGAAUUAGUAACUAUGAAAAUGCAGUAUCUCAAUAUGAAGAAUAUCGUGUCAAAUUGGAAAAUAAUUUACAAAAAAUUACUCAACAACGUGAUACAUAUAAAAUGGAUUUACGUUUGAUGAAAGAUAUUUUACAAAAUAAAGAACAAGAUUUAACACAGUUAAAAUUAAAAUUAGAUGAUAAUGAGAAAAAAUUAAAUGAUAAUCUUCAAUUAGAAUAUAAUGAAAAAUAUGAACAAUUAGAAAAACGUUUAGAAACACGUUAUGCAGAUGAAUAUAAACAAAUGUUGACAAAUAAUAAAGAAUCAAUUCAAAAAAUUGUUGAUGAAAGAGAAAUUGAAAUAGAGAAAGAAAAAGAAAAAGAAGUUGAAUAUCGUGAAAAAAUUUUAUUAUAUGAAAAUGAAAAAUAUCAACAUGAAAUGCAUAUUCAAGAAUUAAAACGUGCAUUAAAUUUAGCUGAUUCACAUUUAGAACAAGAAAUUGAAAAGAUAAAAAUAAGUCUUGAAGAAGAAUAUAAACGAUGUUUUGAAAAAGAUCAAAUAUUAAUAAAACAACAAAUUGUAAAUACAUUAAAUCAACAAUAUCAACAAGAUUUAAAAGAAUUAAAAGAAAAAUUAACAAAUGAUUUUGAUCAACAACGUUCAAUUACACCAACAAAUACUAUUAAUUCUAUAGUAACUCCUAAUUUAACAUCAUCAAUUGUCAAUGAGACAGUAAAACAUGAAAUUCAUUUACAAGAGUCAGAAGAAAUUAAAAAUUUAUAUCGUAAUGAAAUUGAUCGUUUAUAUAAAGAAAAUAUUGAUUUAACUCAACAACAAGCAAAAUUAAUUGAUACUCAUCAAAAACAAAUUCAUACAAUGAAACAAGAUUUAGAUGAUGGAUAUACAAAUGUUAUUGAUGAAUGUCAACGUGAACAUAAACGUUUAGAAAUGAGAAAUGAACAAUUAAAACAACAAUUGGAUAAUUGUGAAUAUAUUAUACAACAAUUAAAAAUAAAUGUCAACGAUUUUAAAUCAACACAUUUUGAUGAAUUAACACAAUUAAAAGAAACAUAUAUAAAUGAAAAAUCACUUUAUGAACAAGAUAGUAAAAAUCGUGUAGAAAAUUUACAAGCACGUAUUGAACAUUUAGUCAAAUUGCUUGAUCAAUCAGAUGAAACAUUGAAUAAAGAACGAACACAAUAUACAAAACAAGAAAAUGAUUAUCAACAAACGAUUUCAUCGUUACAAAUGAAAAUGGCCAAUAUGAUUAAACAGCACACGAUAGCUGUUGAUGAUUUAAAACGUGAAUUAAACCAAGAAAGAUUAAAAUUACAUAAAACUCAAAGAUCACUUGCAAUUGGUUUACCUGAAUUUGUUCAGACUGAUUUAACAAUGCAAGAUAUGAUUUCGUUUGAUUCAGUUAAAGAAAAUUAUUUAACCACAGUUGAGAAAUUACGAGGUAAUGCGAUAUUGAAAAAGACUUCAUCGGUUGUUCAACUAUUAAACUUCUGCAUCGAAGUAAGGUGCCAGAAAUUCAAAAUUCAAGCGCAAUUUAUUUUUGCAAUAUUUAUACGUGGUUGGAUAGAACUCGUCAAGCUGAUGGGAAUAGUUCAUUAUUUGGAUAAUAUUGAAUCAACAACAAAGAAACAAAUACAAAAUGAACUUUGUAAAAGUCGUAGCGAUAUGAUUAAAGAAAUAAGACGUGAAUUAUUUGAAAGAAUGUCAAAUGCAUUAAGAAGUCAAGGCAUGUCCGAUUCUGUUAUUGAUCUUCAAGUGUUUGAACUCGAUCGACUAUUGUUGCAAAUGGCCCAAGAUUGUUUUGAUUCUCUCACAUCCUGUUCAUCACCCUCUGUUAUUUCAUCGAAUUCUCAUUCUACAAACACUAGUUAUUCAUCCACACUUCUGUAUUCGAAAUCACCACUGUCUCCAAAUCAUAAUAAUCAGGUACAAUCAACUCAACGCCAACUUCAUUAUGAACCAAAAUAUUCCACUUAUUCACCGCCAGUAUCAAUGCCAACGUCGAAUAAAGAAAGUGUUUAUUCAUCGACGGGUACUUUACGCAUAGUUAAAAAUCCAAAAUAUCCGUCACGUGAUGAUACGAAUGAUCAUAAUAAUAAUAAUAACAAUAACAAUAAUAACAAUAAUAAUAAUAAUAAUAAUAAUAAUAAUAAUAAUAAUAACAAUAAUAAUAAUAGUGGUAGCUUAGUUAAUCUUCCAUCUACAGUAGAGGAAACACCAUUGAAAAAAAGCAUAGAAUGUCUCUAUAUCACACCUGUUGGCAAUAAAAAACAUGCUCCUCAUCAUCCACCAUUAACAUACGAUAUAUCACUUGAAAAUAGUCCAAAUAAAGUUCGCCCAAAAUCGGCAUCAAAUAUUUUGCAACAACAAAAAGAAACGAAUAAAAAUCAUUAUUAUCAUCAGCAUAAACAACGAAACAUGGAAAAAUUAUACAGAAGUGAAAAUGAUUUGGUGAUUGUUCAACAUGAACAAUAUCAUCAACGUUCAACUCUCUCAGAUUCUAGUGAUAACGAGGAAAAUGAUCAAGACAUAGAGAAUAUUGAGGAUAUUAAUCACGAAAAAGAAGAUUUGGAUGAUAACCAUAAUACAUCGUCAGCUACUACGACAACAGAAAAUACGUUAAAAGCUGACGAUAACGAAAUAAAACAAACAAGUGACGAAGAUGAAACGGAACAAGCAUUGCCAAAAUCGGUUAAAGCAUUAACAACUCUUUUCGAAAAAAAUACCAAACAGUUUCCUAAUAAAAAUUCCAAUACAAUUUUGCGUCGUUCCGUUGAAGUAGUGAAUACUGUUGAUAAUAAAUUAAAAACAAAUUCAUUACCACAUCAUUCACAUUUAAGAUCACCACCAACACAUCUUGUUAUUAUUGCCGAAAAUAGUACAGGAAACAGUAGCAUCAACCGUGAUAAUAUACGACAUAAUGACGAUCGUUCAGUUGUAUCUUCAUCUUCUUCUGCAUCAAUGACAAUAGCUCAAAAUGAUAAUGGAAAUCAAGUACAAACGUCAACUGGUCUCAGAAAAUAUAUUCGAAAUGGUUUGAAAUUAUUUUAUCAACCACCACAUCAACAAUACAAAAGACAGCAUGUUGUAGAUAAAAAAUGA